CAUAUUGAAUGCAAUCUUCCCUCUUUUACUUAACCGCUCUUUAUUAAUCUCCGUUCUCCAUCUUUACACUGACUGCCGGCCAUUAUUUGCAAGCGGCAAAUUGCUCCGGCGUUGUUUUGUUAAAUUGUUGGCAUAAAGUUAUAAAAUUUCAGGUAAUUCCUGAAUUCUUUUUGCUAGUAAUACAUAAAUAAGAAACGAAAAUGGGUGACGAGAAAAAGGCCAGUGACUCUGAACAUAUCAACCUUAAAGUACUUGGACAAGAUAAUGCUGUUGUACAGUUCAAAAUUAAGAAACACACACCUCUGAAAAAAUUGAUGACAGCUUAUUGUGAACGUGCAGGUAUUAGUACACAAGUUGUCCGAUUCCGAUUUGAUGGUAAUCCUAUAAACGAUACGGACACUCCAAACUCCUUAGAGAUGGAUGAGGGUGAUACAAUCGAAGUGUACCAACAACAAACUGGUGGAUGUUAAUUUUAAAUUACCUUACUCAUAAUUCCUUGUGUUUUCUUAUUUACUAUGAUAAAUUAAAGUAGUUUUAUUUAAAAUAAUAA